AUGAACCUGUCUUACCUUUUCCAAGACACAACUCCUCCUCCUCUGCUACAGCUCCUGCUGCCUCUCACUCCUGAACCAGAUGCCUCGGCUGGGCUGCUGAGCGCUAUUGUCUGCAUAACGGAAGCAUUCCACAAGUACGCCAGAGAGGACGAGGAUGAGGCGACACUGACCUGCAGAGAACUGAAACAGCUCCUUCAGGGCGAGAUGGGGGACGUUCUUCAGCCACAUGUCAUUCAUGCUGUGGAGAGACACCUGAAUCUUCUGGAUAUUGACAAUGAUGGUACCAUCAACUUUGACAAAUUUGUUCUUGCACUCUACAGCUUACUGAGCCUCUGUUAUCUUGAUAUACAGUCAUUACUAAGUUCAGAACCAAGAGAGGUAUCUAAGUCAGAAAAGGACAAGUCAAAUGAUGAGAAUCUUCAGGUGGUCACAAGAAAUGGUCAGCAAGUGGUGGGAACUCUGCCAACUCAAGAAAAGGUGUUGUUUCCUUCAGGAAUAGCAUCAUCAUCCCCGCUCACCUGGGAUGAAGAAAGCGAGGCCGUUGGACACAAUCAAGUGCACUCAUGGGAAGACAUCAAGACUCACAACCUCCCAAGAGAAGCAUGGAAGCCCAGGGGCCCUGGGAACCAAUACCUGGAAGGAGAUGAACAGAGCCAAGAAGUGGCCCGAGAUGUGCCAGCAAUGGAAGACAACAGAGCCCAAAUUGAGACAAAUAAACCAUUAGCAGAAUCAGAAGAGACUAGCAGUCCUACAAAGCAGAUCCCCAGAGAGGACGCUAAACCAGUCAGAAGGGAAAGUGGUAAUAAGACAAGUGACCAAUUUGAAGAACAGGAAGACAAUUUGAAACUGAAACAAGAAACAAUGCAGAGACUUCCAGAUCAGGAGGGUACCAGGAAAGAGUAUAUUAAAAACCACUCUAAAGCACAAGAAACACACCUUCAAGGUGAAGAUGAACCCAGGUCAGAGCAUGCUGACCUCCUAGAACAAGCUGCUGCCAGGAAACCAUCUCAGACACAGAAAUCAGCUAACCCUGAGGAUGACCAAAGAAUGUUGGAGACUCCAGAGCCAGGAAAGGAUGUCAAUAGGACAUCACCUAAGACUAAGGAUACAGAUGAACCUGAGGAUUGUGGUAGGAUAUCCAAAACCCAAGAGUCACCAGCACAGAAAAGAGAACAUGAAAUAAAGAACUCACAAGUCCAAGGUGGUAGCAAAGAUGUCUCAGAAACACCUGAUAUUCAAGCUGAAAGGAAGGAGAGUAGAGAUCCUGAGGCACGUGGACCAGAACAGCAGAAAGAACGUGUGAAGAAAACUCGGCCUCCAGUCCAGGAAGCCCACACGCAGCAUGGGAAGCAUCAGGAGCUCCAAAGAUCAUCCAAAGAAAGAAAUUCUGACACCCUGGGUCUAAGCACAGAAGAAAGAAAUCAGAAUCACCCUGAAACUGAACGCACCCCAGUCCCAGGAGAAGAGAUGAGACACGCUGAGGAGGACACAGCACCAGCAUUUGUGGACAGCAAAAAUGGCCCUGCAGCCAAGGGGGCACCAGGAACAAGAGGAAGAACCCAAGAAUCUGCUCCACCUGAUAGGCGUUCUGAAGGAGAAUACAGCAGGGCCGCCAAGCCUCGUGACAAGCCAGUUGGAGAAGAAGAUGGCUGCCAGGGAGAGGAUCCUGAGGCACAGAAUAGCAAGGGGUCUUGUGCAACUCCCAGCAAUCUGCCUCCAGAGGAAGGCGACAGCAGCUCAGACACAGGUGAAUUACGUGUGCAAGGGGAUUCCAAGAGUCAAGCACACCCACACAAAAGGUCUGUGCAAGAAAGUCGCCACGAUAACCCGGAUCUCCAGAAGCACGGAGCACCAGGUGAGAACAAUAGCGCACAGGACACAGUGGUGCUGUCACUCAGAGAAGCAGAUAUUCGCCUCCCAGGGGAACAGGAAGAGCUUGCAGGAGUGGACCUCAAGAGUCACAGCACAGGGAUCAAAAGCCCAGAUACAGCUGUGGAGCCCAGUAGACCCCUAGAAGUUCAGAAGUCCACAAGAAAAGGCAAAAAUAGAAAGUCCCUGGAGGCAGAAGUCCCAGGUGACCUGGAUACCAACUUUACUGUAACAUAGCUCCCCAAAAAGGGAGGCAACAGAAAAGAGCAAAAGACCCAGGCCCCAGUGACCAAAGAAGAGGAAGACGGAGCACCAGAGCUCCAGGAAAUUCCCUUUAAAAAUCCAGGUGAGGACAGGUCAGCCUUCCUCAAGACACACCUAGAAGCAGAGGAACCAGCCACUUUGGAAGAAAAGGAUGAAAGACCCUGUGAGCCUGCAGGAGAAAGUGAUAAGCAACAAAGUCAGACCAAGAAAAACUAUGAUUCUUCAGUCCCCCGCCAGGUGCUCAAGAGGAUGCAGAGAGGCCAGAAGCCCUGCUGUGUGCGGAGGGAUGUGAUCCAAUCUAGUGCACUAUACCAGAGCCUGCAAGAGAAGAUACAGCAGGCCAGGCAUGCCAAGAAGUACACCAGGGAAUUUCUGCAUGAUGAAGAGGACCCUGCAGAUCCAGAACAAAUAUCAGCUCCCCAAGCCCUGGACAAUCAGGGUCACUCUCAGAGAGAGAAACCAGUACCACAAAUGGAGGUGAGCACUCCAAAGCAAUGA